GCCAUACAAAACAAGAAUAGAAUAGAAAAUAAAGUUUAAGUUGAAAGAAGCUCGCAUUUAUAGAAAUUAUCCACAAUAUUCUAUUCAAACUCAGCGAAAAAGGAUACAGUAUACUGUCAGCUAAGUGAUCAGAGGACAAAAUAAAUACUCGUUAAUUGCUCGUGUCCUUUGGUUCUUGUUUACAUUUUGUGUGUCGUUAAAAUGUUCAACACAAGAAGCGAAAAGGUAUUGCAAGCUCCCAGCAUACUGUCUCUUAUAAGAGCCAACUGUUGCACCACAUGUCUGAGCAGCGACCGCCGUCUCUAUCCAAUCAAAGCAUAUCUCCCUGAACUAAGAUAUCUCUGCAAAGAAGUUUCUUUUUUAGUUCAAGACAGAAUAUGUUAUGAAUGCAAAGCAAUACUAACUAAAACGCUGAAGUUCAGAGAGAGAGCUCUAAAAGCAAUGGCUGUAAUAUCCAGCUUGGGACAAGAGAAUGCAAUCCAACUCUAUCAGGAAAUCAAUAUUAACACCCUUUCACCGCUAACUUGUUCCAAUGUGAAGAACACUUUUGAUGCCGAAUAUGACCUGACUUACAAUGACACAACUGACGUAAACAUAUCUCCCACUGAAGUGAAAAUAGAAUUUGAUGAAACAAGUAUUAAAGUAGGUAAUGAAGAUACAAGUGAUGGCGUCAGUGAUGAUGAUGAUAGAGAACCACUCUCGGGGCCCAAGAUGGAGGGGACAGUUGAUGCGGAGAGCUUCCUGACUCCGUGGAGAGUGGAAGCUGUGUCAGCAGAAUAUACAGAACAAGAACAGUCUGAUGAUAAUGAGAUGCCUCCUGAAUCCAGUAGACUUAUUACAACAGAGGAUAGUCCCAAAUCAUCCAGAAAAGUCAACAAUAGCUAUAUUUAUAGCAACACCGACCAGCCCUCUUCGUCACUACCUGAGAAUGAAUAUGUGUAUGACAUAAAAAUAUUUAGCAAAUCAGAAAUGCUGGAGUACAGGGAGACCAUGAAGAAAUCGGCAUUGUAUGUUGGUAAAAGUUACAAAUGUGAAAAGUGCAGUAUUUCAAUUUCAAAGAAGGAAUUAUUUGACAAACACAUGGAAUUGCAUGAUAUGAAAAAUGGUCAAUUUAUGUGUUUAUUCUGUGAACAAAGAUUUCCUGAAAAGCGCACGUGUGAAGCACAUGUGCAAUCUCACUUCAGAUAUUACGCAUGUCGCUACUGUGACUACCGCCACCACAGAGAGCAGCAAAUCAGAUGGCACAUGCAACGGAACCACAAGAAGUUUGAGUGUAAAAAGUGCAAUGAUGAAUUCCCCUGUUACAACGAACUCGUGAAUCACACGCGGAGAGCUCACGUGAAGAAACUCAAGUGUGAUGUGUGCGAUAAAACAUUAAACUCUGCUAACUCUCUCAAACAACAUAUGCAGUGGACGACGGCAGACCGCCGGCGUACUGCGUGGAGUGUGACAAACACUUCCCAACGCAAUCAAUAUUCAAACAGCAUCUGCAGACGUCCAAGAAACACGCGGUACCCAGGUACGAAUGCGACCACUGCGGUGCUAAAAGCAUCAACAAACAAGCUCUUCAGAACCACAUAGACUCCACACAUAUGAAGAUUCCUAGAUACGAGUGUGAAACGUGCGAUCAGAAGUUUAUAACAAUGGUUUACUUGAGACUUCACAAGCGAAAAGUACAUGGAGGCAAGAAGGCAGCGGCCAAGAAACACGUGUGCCAUGUGUGCGGAAAAGAAUUUACGGUCAAAAAAAGUCUGGAACAGCACUUGAACACCCACUCCGGGCUGCGUCCGUUCAAGUGCAAUGUGUGCGGAGAUACAUUCGCGUACAGUGCGGCACUCUACACACACAACAAGCUCAAGCACUUGAAAAUCAAACCUCCAUCCUGGAAGAAGAAGAAGACUGCCAAUUAAUUCUCAUUUUGCCUUAUAAAGCGUAUGAGCAGACAGAUGUAUAUA